AUGUACUACAAAACGUUGCUGCUCUUCCCUGAGUCUGGGGUGCAGGUGGGAAUCAGCAGAAGUGAGAGAAGGACCUGGGACUCGGGAGCCAGAGAAGGCUACAUGGGCCCUUGGGUCCCCACCACCAGGGACCUGGCAGGCCUGAGGAGGCACAAUACGGUCAAGACAAAUAAAGCUGGGUCCAAGGUAGCAGUUUCAGCACAGAAAGGGGCCGAGGUUACUAACACAACCCCUCAGUGAGGACACGAAUACGAUCUUGCCUCAAGCCAGCGGAGUGGCAUGGCCCAUCGAAGAUCAGAAGCUGGGCAUUCCACCAUUUCCCACUUAGCAUCAGAGUACCCUCAAUCUAUCUCCCCCAACUCAGGGCCAGGCCUCUCCAGAGCAACCAGCUGUCGAACCAAGACCCGAUCAAAAUCUGAAGCAUACCUCCAUGCCGUCCAGAUGCAGCAGAAUGUUAGUACAUCCAGAGAGGAAGCAACUAGAAGAGGGCGUGAGAGCAAACCAGGGCAUGAUAUCCAUAAUCGCUACUCAUUAAUUCCAGGUGCCAAAUCCUCUCGCCGGUUGAGUCUUGUCGACCAGAAGGACAACUUGACAAUCUCAGAAGAAGACCCACCCUCCAAGGUCCAGUACCCACAAGGGGUCAGAGUUCCCCAUAGGCCUUUGGUUUAUCCAAAGGAUAAAGCAGUCCAAACUGAGCCCACUCGAAAGAGUUUGACUGCUGCUGCUAUCAGAUCUCCAAGGAGACCCUCUAGCCCAGAACGCAGAGGCAGCCGCAUCUGUACAGACUCUCGACCAACCCAGAGACGGGUCCCUGGCCAAGAAUCUGGAAUGGGCUGUCAAAACUCAAUUUACAUGGAACCUAAGGCCUUGCAUAGAAGUAUGAACUUGGAAUCACCCCUCAGACUCUCCUCCCUUAAAGAUUUGGAUGGUGGACACAAAGUUUCUAUGCGCCCAGAGCCUGAGUCUAUCCGCAGGCAUUCUGUCUACACUGAAACCAAGUCCUUCCCAAAGGUCUUAAUAUCAUCAGAAGUGGAGCCCAACGUGAAGUCCUCAAUCCGACGAGACAGUGAGGGUGGCUGCAAGGUCACCAUCUCCCCCGGGGGACAGUCAGCUUCCCGUGUGACCUCUCGAGCCGUGUCUGAGAGCCCCUGCAAAUCUUCCACGUUUGUCACUCCAGAGCCCAUCUAUAAGCAGCAUACCACAAGACCCUCAAAAAGUACUUAUGUGUCCUCAGGACCCACACUUGGGCAUCCAGAGCCCUCUGGAAAGCCCUCUGUCCAUGCAGAACUGGGACUGACCCCUCGGCCCUUAGCCCCUCGGUCCUUACCGAGAUAUGGGCCAGACUCCUCAUGGUGGGCCUUACUCAACCCUGAAGUUGAAAUGCCCCAAAGCCGGCCAAUAACACUUGAUUCCGAGCCUGAGCUCCCUUCCCCUGUAGACCCGUCAAUGCCCUUUUUUGAAAAGGAAUCAAGCCCUUUCUGUGAGGAUCUCAUGUUCCAGAGAGGGAAGGCAAGUUCAUCACCAUCACCAUCACCAGAGGAGUCUCCAAGCCCGGAACCGCCGAGGGAAGUGCCACAGGUCCCCAAGCACACCUCCAAACAACCCAUUCAAAGGUUUAGUGCUUUCUUCUUGGAUGUCUCCGAGGAAAUCUACAAUUGUAUCAUCUGGUGGCUAAAAGGUCUGUGCUUUUCCCUCCUGUGGGUCCACUCUGGGGGGCUGGGAGGCAGGAGGACAAGGGGCAUUGACAUGAAGGUACCAGAGCUGGUUGCAACGCUGGAGAGGGGUAGAGACCUUUUGGCCCACGAUGAAUCCUGCCAAGCGCUCUGUGGGAAGGCUGUCCGGGAAGCCAUAGGCCGGAUCCACCCCCGCUUGGCUCUCCCCUCUCCAGCCCAGGGCACUCCAGAAAGGGGACAUUUUUCUGGGUUACACACUAUUUGA